CCGUCGUGGUACCAAAAGCACCAAUGCGGAGAACAGCAGCAGCAGCAGCAGCAGCAGUAGCGCUCUGGCUGUCGACAUUGAAGGGAAACCCCUUCUUCUCCUACGUAUUGUAUCCCAACCAGCUAACACAGAGACACAGCAAAAACACACCUAAGAACGUCUUUGAUGAUGAACUAAUUCUUUACCGAUUAUCGCGAUCUCGGAGCAACAAAGAACGUUUUCCACUAUUAGGUGGGCAGGUAAUUAAAUUCGUCUGCAUUAGACAGGGGCAAAAUAUUCAACACCCAAACCAUCUGUCCCGAAUACCACCCAAAACCAAGACUUGAAGGAAGCAGAAAAGGUCCAAAGAAC